CCACAUAGUUGGUAAAAUUGAUAUCCGCCGGUCGCCGCCCGUAGCAGAAAGCGGGAACAGAGAGUUUCUCUCUCUCUCUUUCUCAACGUUAACACGUGUAUUUCUUGCACAUAUUUCCUUUAUUCAGAGUGAUAUUUUUGUGUGGUGAUUAUAAAUAUUGCAUUGAGGACUCAUAUAAAAAUCAGAAAGAUAAGAAUUUAUUCACAAAUCAUAGUCAAUCAAGGCCAAAUCCUUGAAGAAGAAGAGAAAAGUGUUUCUUUUAAGUGAGCUUGCAAGUAGACCAACAUUUCCAUAAUGUCACAAACUAUAAGAAGCAGAAAAUUGGCGAGCCAACUUUCAAAGAGAUAUUUUCGCUAUCGAUUGAGAAAAAUAACAAAUUGUCAAUAUUCGAAUAAGCAAAAUGUGAAUCGUUCUAGAUUCCAAAAAGAUAAUGAUGAAAGUGAUGGAAAACAGAGUAAUGAAACCUGUGAAAAUGACAACAAUAAUGCAUUUCAUAAUAUAGAUAAUAACAAUGAAGAAGAUGAUAGCGAUACUAGUAAUAAUAGUGAUACCAGUAACGCAUGUGGAAUUAUAAUUGACAAUACCAAUUUUUGUGACAUCAAUGAUUGUGAAGUUGAAAACAAUGAAAUGGAAGAUGACUUUACUACAUCUCAUCUUGCUAAAUGGUGUAAAACUUUAAAUAUAUUCGCACCAUAUUAGGUACACCUAAAUUUACUCCACUUAAAUCUGUACCUCCUGGGGAAUAUUAUCAUCAAGGACUUAUAAGUGAAUUAGUUCGAAUAUUAUCAAAAUGUAAUAUUGAAAAAGUUAAUUUAACUUUGAAUAUUGAUGGGUUGCCUUUAUCUAAAUCUUCAGGUCAACAACUUUGGCCAAUUUUAAUAAGUGUUGCGGGAGUACAAGGUGAAAUAAUGGUAGGAGCUUAUUGUGGAUAUAAAAAACCAAAUGACAUAAAUUUAUUCCUAGAAGACUUUGUCAAUGAAGUCAGUUAUCUGAUUAAUAAUGGUUUAGAAAUAAAUAAUAGACUGCUUUCUGUGAGAUUACAAUGUAUAAGUGCAGAUACUCCUGCAAAAUCCUUUUUACUUUCUACAAAAGGCCAUACUGGUUAUGAAAGUUGUUUAAAGUGUUUUAUUCAUGGCAAAUAUGUGAAAAACAGAGUGUGUUUUCCUGGCACAAAUGAUGACUUGAAAAUGGCUAAUGAUAAUACUGACUUUCAAGACAAUAAUAAUAUUAUGCAAUUUAUUCCACAUCUGGAUUUAGUUUUUGAUGUAGUUCUCGACUACAUGCAUGUUGUUUGUUUAGGAGUCACUAAAAAAUUAUUAACUUUAUGGACAACUAAAAAUAAUUAUUAUAAACUUGGUCAAGACAACUAAAAAAGAAUCUCAAACAGAUUAGAAAAUUCAAUAAACAUGUGCAUGACUUUAGAAUUUCCUCGUAAACCAAGAUCAUUACAAGAUUUAAAAUAUUACAAGGCAACCGAAUUUCGACAAUUCCUUUUGUACAUAGGACCUAUAGUUUUGCAAGGACUUUUAGAUAAUAACAUAUAUUUGAAUUUUUUGAUCUUACAUGUAUCUUUGCGGAUUUUGUGCAUGGAAAAUGCCAGUGAAGAAAUGAUUAUUUACGCUGAUAAACUGUUGAAAAAUUUCAAUGAAACAUUUACUAUACUAUAUGGCGAAGAAAAUGUAUCUUUCAACAUUCAUGCUCUUUUACAUUUAGCAAACGAUGUACGCAAACAUGGACCACUUGAUUCCUUCUCAGUCUUUCGUUUUGAAAAUUUUCUUCAAAAAAUUAAAGGUCUCAUACGUAAACCCCAACAAAUAUUAUCUCAAUUACAUCGCCGAUAUGCAGAAAUACACAAUUGGAUAGAUGUAAACAAAAAAUAUGUCAGAAAAAAUGAAUUUACCGUUUUACAAGAAUCUUGUCAUGAAGAUGGCCCCCUUUUACCUGAUUGUAGCGAUCCUCAAUACAUGAAAAUUGUUGGAUUUGGUUUUACUUUUAUAGCUGAUGACAGAAGAGAUAAUUGUUUUUUGACUUAUAACGGAGUUAUUGUGAUACUCAGAAAUAUUGCUUUUAAUAAGAAAAAGAAUUCUUUAGUCCUAAUAGAACAAUAUUUUACUGUUGUUGAAGAUUUUUAUACUCUCCCUUGCAAAUCGCAACUUGUUGGGGUUUAUCUUGCAUCUAAACUUUCUAAUCUGAAACAAUGGCCUUUUAAUGGAACUAUUAAAAAGAAAUGUUUAUGCGUACCAUGGAAAAAAAACAAAAAUGUCAUUAUAUCUCUAUUACAUUCUCAUGAAUAACAAUUUCAAGAAACAAUAUGUGAACAAAAAUAUUGAAAUUUUGUGAUUAUUAUAUAAGAUAUAAAAAGGAAAAAUUACUGGCAUGGAUGAUAAAGAAUUAUUUUAUGUUAUCGAGUUCUACGAUGGGAUCCAAAUCAUUCCAGAUAACUGGAUUAUUGAAAAUGAAACUUUAGCAUAUUGGCCUAAAGUAAAAACAAAUAAAGAUUUUGAUACUCUCGUUCGUACAAGGAGUUCUAUAAAAGAUAACUGGACAUUAGAACCAAUUAAAGCAAUUCUUUAUAAAACAGAUUCAUUUUUAAAUGCUAAAGUUAAACUAAAGAAAGCCGAAUAUCAAAGUGAUGUUGACUCACCAUAUAAUACAGAUGAAAAAAAGAAACAAAGAAGAGAUCAUGCUAAAGUACAAUUUACAAGCGAUAAUGAAAGUGAUGAAGAACAGAUCCGUGAAAGAAAAACAAAUGUUAAACUAAAAAAGAAGUUACCGCCACUUCCUCCAGUGCCAAUUGCUAUGUCUAGCAAAGCUACUAGUAUAUCAAACAAUAUUUGUUCAAAUAUUUCAGAUGUCACGAAAAUUAAUGUAUUGAACAAUUCCUGUUCUGUUGUCUCAGCUGCUACGCAUAGUAAAUCUCAUGUAUCGAACAACUCUUCUCCAUUUGUGGAUAUAAAUAAAACAUUAUCAUCUAACUCUAGAAGUCAAAAAUUAGAUAUUUCUGUAUUAUCUUCCAAUAAUGAUAAAGAAAUGAAUCAGGAAAUUCAUCAAAUUUUGAAAAUAGUACAAAACUUGAAGAUAUCUAUGAAUGGCCUCACUUCCUUAAAUCGGGAAAUCAUUGAGAGACUAGAUGUUUUGGAAAAAAAUAGUGAAUCUUUACAAGUGCAAUCCGUUUUGGAUGAACACAAUACACUUGUUGAAGUUUUUCCUAUUAAGACUGCAAAUAGUCUUAAAGAAGUGGAAACCAAAAUUGAAAACAACUCUGCAUUCAAAGGAAAACUGGUGAAAAGUCUUACGCAAGUUACCAGUGCAGAUAUUAAAAAAACAAUCCGGAACAUUUUACAUUAUCUUAUAACCGAUGAAAUGGCUCAAGAUUACAGUUGGUUAGGACAAAGAUGCAAGACUGCAUUUCAAAAUUUGGAGAUAUCUAAAAUUUUGACACUUGUUAAAAUACGACAUGAAGAUGCUACGUAUGAGCAAAUUUCUUCUGUUGUUGCAGAAUGGUUAAAACAUGCGAAACAAAGAGUACAAAGAAAAUCUCAGAAAGAGGAAAAAUGCCGACAAAAAGAACCUCAAAUAACUUCAGGUUCAGAUAAUUCGGAAAAUAAUGAAUCUAUUUAAACAAAAAAAACCAACUAUUGAACUUCUAAAUUGAGAAUUGCUUACAAAAAUAUACUUGCGGGUAAAAAAACACUUCAGUUUGAAGAAUGCGUAAACUGUAUUAUUAACUGUAUCAUUUUGAUUUUAUUAUUUUUAAAAUUUGCGAAAAUUUUCAUUUAUUUCUUA